GAGGUUUUUCACAUUUCUGUAUGAAUGAGCAUGACUCUGAUUAAAUGCAUCAGCAGGAAUAAAAGCUCAUCAGAAACAUUCCAAAUGCAUAAGUGAUGCAUUUUGGUGGCCUAAAACCUGAGUGGAGAUCGAAAAAAACUAAAUUGGAUCACCCAGUAUUUUUUCCCAGGAUCAUCUGGACAGUGCACCAUCCUUAGGAUGGAGCCUUCCAAACCUGACUAUUGUACAUUCUUUGGCAAAAUCCAUGGAAUUCUAAUGUAUAAAGACUUUAUGGAAUAUUGGGAUGAUGUGGAGACAUUCCAGGCAAGACCAGAUGAUAUUGUCAUUGCCACCUAUCCCAAAUCUGGUACAACCUGGGUUAGUGAAAUUGUAUACAUGAUCUGCAAAGAGGGUGAUGUGGAAAAAUGCAAAGAAGAUGUCAUUUUUAAUCGAAUACCUUAUUUGGAAUGCAGAAAAGAAAAUCUCAUGAAUGGAGUAAAACAAUUAAAACAGAUGGCAUCUCCUAGAGUAGUGAAGACCCAUCUGCCAGUUGAACUUCUUCCAGCCUCAUUUUGGGAAAAGAACUGUAAGGUGAUCUAUCUUUGCCGGAAUGCUAAAGAUGUAGUUGUUUCUUAUUAUUAUUUCUUUCGUAUGAUAACUGCUCAUCCAGACCCUGGAUCUUUUCAAGAGUUUGUGGAAAAAUUCAUGGAUGGACAAGUGCCAUAUGGUUCCUGGUAUAAACAUGCAAAAUCUUGGUGGGAAAAGAGAAAGAAUCCACAUGUGCUAUUUCUUUUCUAUGAAGACAUGAAGGAGGAUAUCAGAAAAGAGGUGAUAAAAGUGAUGCAAUUUCUUGGAAGGCAGCCAACAGAGGAGCUUGUGGACAAGAUUGUGCAGCAUACUUCAUUCCAGGAGAUGAAGAACAAUCCAUCUACCAAUUAUACAACAGUACCAGAUGAAAUCAUGAACCAAAAAGUUUCUCCCUUCAUGAGAAAGGGGAUUGCUGGAGACUGGAAGAAUCACUUUACUGUAGCCCUGAAUGAGAAAUUCGAUAUACAUUAUGAGCAGCAAAUGAAGGGGUCUACACUGAAGCUAAGAACUGAGAUUUAAAAAGGAUUUUCUUAAUAUACCUAAAAUUAAAUAUAUCUAAGAUUUCUUCUCAUAUCCUUCACUUUUUUUCAAAUUUUAAAUUGUUAGGUGCUUAGGUGGCUCAGUAGCUUAAGUGUCCCACUCUUGAUUUUGGCUCAGGUCAUGAUCUCAGGGUAAUGAGAUCAAGCCUUGCAUUGAGCUCUGAGUGUGGAACCUGCUUCAGAGUUUCUCUCUUUCUCCCUCUUCUCCUGUCCAUCCCCCCACUUGUGCUCUCCCUCCCUCUUUCUCUUUCUCUACAAAAAAAAAAAAAUCGAUUGGUAGAGAACUAUAUAAAGGAUCAUGAUCAGAUUCACAUGAUUAUUAAGAUGCUCAUAUAAAAACAAGAAGUUUUUUCCGUUAUGAUUUUUUUUCAAAUAUUACACAAAUCUCUAAUCUAUAAAUUAUUACAAAUCUCUGAUUUAUGUGAAUGAUGUAGGAACACACAGAUAGUUUGAAUUGUCAGAAUCACACUCCAAAUUCUUUAUUUUUGUAGUUACUUUUUUCCAUUUAGUAACACAUUUAGCAUAUGCAUAUAUUUAUAUAUACAUAUAUGCACAAAUAUAUAUAUUAAUAACUGUGCCUGAACUUUGAAGACCUUGGGAGAAAAAAUUAAAGAAUAAAUACAUUUGGGGUAAUAAUUAUACCUACUAUUUCCUUCUUGAUAUCCUUUCAUUUUCUGCAAACUGGCUUAAUUUGGAAUUUACCUUAGUCUAAUAUAAAUUUGGACAGAACAGAUUUCCAGAUGUAUAUCAGUAAUCCUAGUGAGUACUAUUUAUGCUUGAAUAUCUUGAGAGAUAUUUAUGCUCCAGAGGUCCUUUUCUCCUAUAUGCAAUGUAAUGAAUAUAAGUUCGGUAAAGUUUUAAAGAAUGUGAUAUUUGCCUGUAAAACAAAGCAAAAACAAAAGUAAGAAGAGGAAUUAUUAUUUUCUAUUUAAGCACUGCUGUUUUGGCUUGUGUCUCCUAUUUUUCUGUAUUUUAUUGAUGAUUUUUUCUAUAUUAUGCUUAUUAUAACACUCAAUGCUUCCUUUCUCUAAGUUGGAAGACACACAAGAUUGUGAAAAAAAAUCAGUGUCUUUAGAAUAUUACAUCUUUUAUUAUUAAAUUAAAAGAUAGAGAUAAACUGAUAGGAUUUGUGCUCUUAUUCCUUGAAGAAAAAUUUAGGGAUUUCUCAGCACUCUGCUCAAUAAUUAUAAUUUUUCAGAAUCAAAGCAAUUUUUUAAAAAAAUGUGUAACAGUUACACAUAAUGCAAAAAUUGGAGAAUCUCAAAAACUAUUAGGAUUUGGUUGGGGUGGGAUGUGAGGUAGAAUUUCAGUCUAUAAAAGAAACAAUUGUUAUUAUUUUUUAAAUAUCUAUUCUGUCAUGGUUGUUUUUCAUUUAUCAUUAUAGUUUAUAAUAACAGCUUUUUAACUGUGUAGUUUGUAAAACUAAUUGUUGGUCUUGCCUACGUAUUAAAACUAAACAAGAAAAAACUCAUGUAUCUUUCUGACUUUAGUUCUUUAGUGAACCAAUGUAUUCCAAAUUGGCCUGACUGAAAUUUGGACCAAUCAUAUUUCCCCAUAGCAUGUCCAGAAAUAUUUGUGACUUUCUUGGAGAAAGAAAGAGACUAGGAUCUGCUUAAAAUUCAAAUAAGAACUUAAAACCCUCUGAGUUCCUUUGUUGUCUUCCCUACCUGGACUUAACGUCUGUGUGAGCUGGAGACAGUUUAGAGCCUUGGACAGCAUCAUGAGGUGGGGUUACAAGGGUAGCCAUUGUAGCUUUGGUUCUGUGCCUCCAGGAAAGCUAGAAAUGUCUGAUUAUCUUAGUCUUUAAGGCUUCCCAAUAAUUAAAUCUCUAGAACAAUAUCUUCAGGACAAGUGCUAGAUUUUUAGAAACACGAAGGCUUGUUGACUGAUUGAUUAAUACCAUGUUGAGACCAGAAAGUGUUUAGUAAGCAUUUACUUAUGAGUAUUUUAACUGCAUAUAACUUGAACCAUGCCACAGAGUUCCUUUAUGUGACUAAAACACCUGAGAAUUCAAUUUGGACAACAAAAUAAAAAAUAGAAUAGUACUAGAUUAUAAUCCACAUAGAUAUAAAUAUCUACAAAUCCAUACUGAUAUAAAUUAA